AUGACAAUGGAUGCUGAUCCAGAAGAAGCUAAAUACUUAGUUUCUGAGAUAUUCAAAUCUAAUAACCCGGUGACAUACCAUUCUUUAUCGAGAUCUUUAAAUGUCCAUAUUAAUCAUGCUAAGGAACUUCUUUUAGAGUUCUAUAACAAGAAUAAACAACAGUUAACAGCGUCAUUUAUUAUAACUGGUAAUGGAAGUAAUUCACAGUUGAUCAAACUAGCGAAGGAUGAAACUGAAUUGCUGGAAAGUGUUAAAGCAUUUGAUCAUAUUCACACUGUCCAUGUAUACAGUGUGAGUGACAAGAGUAAUAUGUUCACGAUUGAUGACAUAGCACAAUUUGAGCUCAAAUGGCCCAAUAAACGCGAGGAGUAUGCCAAGUAUUAUCAAAAUGGGAUGAUCAAGGGCCCAGAAUUGAAAGAUCUUGAUUUUGAGACAGUAGACGUAUCGGAAAAAGAGACAUCAAAGAAAGAUUCAUUGGCACCAGUACAAAAAGACGACAAAAUUAAAAGGGAAAAGGAAAACAAAGAGCCUAAAAAGGCGCCCACCAGGUCUAGUACCCUAUCUGGUUACGUGUCUCGAAAGGGUGAGUCAAAAACCAGACAAGCAAAGCGCCCUGCAACUGACCCAACCCCGAGGCGUUAUGAAUAUAAAUCCAGAAAGGUGGAGGCAAAAGAGCCAAAGGAACGUGUCGUUAUUUCAAAUGCUGUUGAUUCUGGUGCUGUCUCAGAUGAUGAACCAGCACCUCCGAAAAAAUCGAAAAAGUCAGAUCUUGAAAAUAUAUUUGAUGAUGACUUCAGUGAUAAUGAGCUGAAAGUUGAAACGGAAGAAAAGGAGCACCCAAUUUUUGUUGAAGAGGACGCUGAAGAAGACGAAAUACCGAAAAAUAAGAGCCUACACAAUGAACUAUCAAACCCUGAACCUAAAGAAGAGCAAUCUAAAGAGCUCAAAUCUGAAAAUGGGGAGGAGCCUUUGCUGCUCCUAAAUGAAGGAAAAGCGCACGAACCCGAGACCUAUGACGAGCCUGAGCCUACGGUAACAAAUGAGGAUACUCCGGACGACGAGGGCUAUUUCACCACUUACAGAGACGGUGCGAAGAAGGAAGCUAGUCUGUCAAAGCCCAGUCUGAGAUCGAAGCUGGUCACUCCAUCGCAUUCAGGCUCUAAGCAUACAUCGAAGAGAGCACCAGAUAAAAAGAAAACGCAGGCUUCCUUGAUGAGUUUCUUUCAAAAACGGUAA